UUCGCGCCUCGUAACAAAGAUAAUUAUUUAUAAUAUUUUGCUUAAAACUAAAAAAUUGUUAAAUCUUGAUUUAAAGCCCACGUAAAUGUCUAUUUAAGUCACGUUCUUUGCAUUAUAUUUAAGUGAUAUAAAAUAUGGGAGUACUGAUAUAUUUAUCAAAUUUAUUACAUAUAAUAUGAACAACAAAAUGGUUUUAGCACAUGCCAAAAAUGUUGCUAUUUGUUAAAGGACACAUGUAAAGUGUUCUGUAAUUUUUUGUGUGUUUUUUUCCAAAGAUGAGGGCUGUAUAUUGCAAAAAUCUUUUUCAAUAUCUAGCAGCGUUUUCGGGUUCCUUUAAUAUAAUUAGUUAUGGUGUGGUCACCGCAUGGACGUCGCCGUUCCUAUCUUAUCUUACCUCAGAAUCUUCAACAAUACCAGUUACCGACGAAUAGGGAUCAUGGAUAGCUAUAGUCAGUGCAAUGGGUUGCCCGUUCGGUGCAAUUUUGGGAAGUUAUUUAGGAGAUACUCUAGGUAGAAAAAAAUCAAUUCUCAUGGCAGCUCCAAUAGCGUUCUUUGGAAAUAUUUGGCUAGCUUUUGCAAAUGAUGUGUGGAUGCUAUUUGCUAUAAGAUUUAUUAUAGGAGUUUCAGAUGGAUUCAGUUUUACUAUAUUUCCAGUGUAUAUAGGAGAAAUAUCUUCUCCAGAAAUCAGAGGAUUCUUGUCCUCACUUCUAACUUUAAUGUUCCUCUUUGGUAUUUUAUUUAUUAAUAUUAUUGGUUCAAUUUGGAGCAUUUUUACCUGUGCUAUAAUAGCAUCCAUUAUUCCCCUACUACACUUCAUUACCUUUAUAUUUAUGCCUGAAUCACCAUACUGGUAUGUUAAAGUUAAACGAUACGAUGACGCAGAAAAAUCUUUGCAGAUUUUUCGAGGAGAAAAAGAUGUUCAAAAACAGUUAUUAAUUAUAAAAGAGACUAUAAGGGACGAGGAAGAAAGAGGUAAACCCAAAGUUACUGAUUUAAUUACAAUUCCAAGUAACAGACGUGCAACUAUCAUUACUUUUCUAAUAGUCUUACAAAACAAAGCUACUGCUAAAAGUCCUUUAUUGUUUUUUACCAAAACCAUAUUUGAAAAAACUGGAAGUGAUAUUAGUCCGACAGUCUCUACAAUAUCAUACUCUGCAGUUGAAAUGUUAAUAGCUGCCUUAACAUGUUAUUUUAUUCUUGACAGAUUCGGUAAAAGAAUCUUGUGUAUAAUCUGUGUCAUUGGGUGUAUUGUAUCUCUUUUAGCUAUUGGCAUUUAUUUUCAACUAGAUGAUACUGCAAAUGAAUUGCUUGUUUACUUAAAUUGGUUGCCUUUAACGGCUCUAAUCUGUUUUAAUAUUUUUUAUAAUGUCGGGAUAUCCUUUGCUCCAUUUUGUUUCGCAUGUGAGUUAUUUCCCACAGGAGUAAGGGCCUAUGCCCUUACGAUGACUGAGAUAUCUAUGUCUAUUUGUACUGUAAUAUCGGGAAAAGCAUUUCAUUGGCUACAAAGUUAUUACGGUUCAUUUGCUAUUCCGUUUUUCACGUUUUCGGCUUUAUGUUUACUUGUUUUCAUCUUUGUCAUUAAGCUUACUCCGGAAACUAAAGGAAAGUCCUUGGAAGAAAUUCAGCUAUUUUUGAAAGCUAAAACAAAAUAGAAUGCAAUGUAACGUUGUAUUUUUACAUUGACAAUAUAUUUAUUUGUUAGUA